GGGGGGGGGGUCCUCUCGUGAGGGGCAUUUAUCUUUUGACGACACGAAAUCUGCACUACCGAGAUGGCGUACUUUUCAUCCCGCCCAAUCACGACUACUCUUCUCCGCAGUCGACUCUGUCCCUGCUUGGUGGGCGCCUCUGACGUCGUCGCGCAUGGAGCAAGUCAAUAUUUUGUCUGCUACUAUUUUUUUUUCACUUCGCUUUUUCUGCAGUCUGUCCUUGCGGGGCUUGGGCGUGUGGGCUUUUUUGAUUAGGGAAUGGCGCGGAAUUGGGAUCGCAUCAUUAGCGGAAUUGUUUUCACGAAAAAGUACUGAGGAGGAAACUGUAUAGGAUACUACAAUACCCUUGGGGCAUCAUUUGGCGAAAAGAAAAACGGACUAGCAUUUUUUAUCAGGCGGAUACCAGACUCUUUUACAAGAAAUCUUAUGAAACAAAUCAAGAACAUCAAAUGAAGCAAUUCACAAACA